AUGCGUGGAAAUACUUUACUCACAGGUGUCCUAGAUGAUUGUUUAUGUGACAUAGAAAGCAUUGAUGACUUCAAUACUUUCAAGAUCUUCCCCAAAAUACAGAAACUACAAGAACGUGAUUACUUCAGAUAUUACAAGGUGAAUCUAAAGAGACCAUGCCCAUUCUGGGCUGAUGAUGGCCAUUGUUCUAUCAAAGACUGUCACGUAGAGCCUUGUCCUGAGAGCAAAAUACCUGUUGGAAUUAAAGCUGGGAGCUCUAAUAAAUAUUCAAAAGCUGCAAAUAAUUCCAAAGAAUUGGAAGACUGUGAGCAAGCUAACAAACUGGGAGCAGUCAACAGUACCUUAAGCAACCAAAGUAAGGAGGCUUUCAUUGACUGGGCAAGAUACGAUGAUUCACAGGAUCAUUUUUGUGAACUCGAUGAUGAGAGAUCUCCAGAUGCACAGUAUGUGGAUUUGCUGCUGAAUCCAGAGCGUUACACAGGAUACAAAGGGCCCUCUGCUUGGAGAGUGUGGAACAGCAUCUAUGAAGAAAACUGUUUCAAGCCUCGAUCUGUCUAUCGUCCUUUAAAUCCACUGGCACCUAGUAGGGGAGGAGAUAAUGGAGAAUCCUUCUACACAUGGCUAGAAGGUCUUUGCCUUGAGAAAAGGGUGUUUUAUAAACUUAUUUCUGGACUUCAUGCUAGCAUUAAUUUACACCUGUGUGCCAAUUAUCUUCUUGAAGAAACCUGGGGGAAACCUCGCUGGGGACCAAAUGUGAAAGAGUUCACUCGUCGUUUUGAUCCCAUUGAAACAAAGGGAGAAGGACCAAGAAGGCUGAAAAACUUGUAUUUCCUUUAUUUGAUAGAGCUGCGGGCUUUGUCAAAGGUUGCACCGUACUUUGAGCGUUCCGUUGUUGACCUUUACACUGGAAAUGGCCAUGAGGAUGCUGAAUCUAAAGCUCUCUUACUAGAAAUCUUCAGGGAUACAAAGUCCUUCCAUAUGCACUUUGAUGAGAAGUCCAUGUUUGCUGGAGAUAAAAAAGGAGCCAAGUCAUUGAAGGAAGAAUUCAGAUUGCAUUUCAAGAACAUAUCCCGCAUAAUGGAUUGUGUUGGAUGUGAUAAAUGCAGGCUGUGGGGCAAACUGCAGACGCAAGGCUUAGGAACUGCUCUGAAGAUUUUAUUUUCUGAGAAAGAAAUACAGAACCUUCCUGAGAAUAGCCCAUCAAAAGGUUUUCAACUAACACGUCAAGAAAUAGUUGCUCUAGUAAAUGCCUUUGGAAGGCUUUCCACAAGUAUAAAAGAGCUGCAGAAUUUUAAAGUUUUACUACAGCAAACAAGGUAAUGAAGGCCUUUGUGCAGCCUCUUAGUGAAGACCAUUUACACGACUGCAUUGAGCAGAAGGAACUGAUCCUUACAGGACUCUCAUGAACUGAUAAAAAGUAAAAUCAAAUACCAACUUGAAUAUUUAUGUUUAAACUAGGAAUGGUUAUUAAUUAGAAAAGAUAUUUAUGAAUGAAGUAUAUAGUUUUUAAAUGUGUAAAUUAUGCUGAUCUGUUUUAUCUUAAGUUCUCUGCUCACAGUUCUGUUACAGUACUGAUACACCAUACGUUUUCUUCAUCUUCUUGUCUUUCUGAGAAAGUUGUUUUAUAUGAAAACAUAUGUACCUCAAUCCUGACUUGGCUUGUCCCGCAAGAGAUGGUUCACCCCUCACCUCACCCAAGUGCUGAGCAUCAGUAUGUUCUGAGGACUGGGUAUGCCAAUUCUAGCUGUCUAGAAGUAAACCAGAAAAAGAAAUAAGGCUCUUGCUGAGUCCUGUCUUCUUACUGUAAUAUGAAAUUUAAUUUUACCAAGCAGAAAAUUUUACUUUGUAUCAAGCUUGUUUACAUCAUGCUGAUAUCAAAGUGCUGUUUUUUUUCCCUUACAUGCUGCUUUUCAGAAGUUCUUACUUUCUUUAAAAUAACCACCUUCUCUAUGACACAGUACAGUCGUGACUCUUCUGCAGCCCUCUGGCAGCCUGCAUUUGCUUCAGGGAUCAGGGCUAGGGAAUGGGGAGAAGAGGGUUAGUGGAGCAUGGCUAGCUGGAAAGUUUUUUUCAAUCAAGUUUGUGUCUAGCCCGCUUUAUUUUUUGGUUUGUUCCAGUUCAGUUUCCAGAAGUUGUCCUUUUUAAUGUCUAAGAUACUGAAGCAGCACAUUUUGCUCUCUGAGUACUGGAAAUGGAUUUGCUUGUAAUGGGUUAUAUUUUAAUGGUAUUAGAAAAUCAAAAAGGAGGAACUUGUUUUUAUAGUCACUUUAAGAAAAAAAUGCUUUUUAGAAUUCGUAAUCACACUGACAUUUAAUACUGCAUAUUGUAUCUAUGCAAUCCCUAACUGUACCUUCUUUAAAAGGAUAUUCAGCAUAAUAAAACGGGUAUGUUAAUAAUGUGAGCUUCAUAAAAUAAGAAAUUACUUGUGUAUCAUUGUCCACAAAUGUCAAUGGAAUUUAUCAUUGUCCAAAACACAAUUCAGAACAGCACUACUGACUAUUAGCAACCAAAUGUGGUUUAAAUUUAAAAUGAUUUUUUUUAAACCGUUGUGUUACAGAAUGAAGUUAGGAGUUAUGAAUGUAGGAAGUGCUGGUAUUGUGUAGAUACAUCUCUUCUGUUGAUACAAAUCUUCUUGAAACAAAGUGCUCUUAAACAUUUUUCACCCUACUGGAUAUUUACUGACCUGUUGAUAUUACUUAAUGUAGUAAUACUGGCUUCUGUAACAUCAUCCUUUACAGAGGAAAUAUUCCUGAAAGCUGGAAUAUGCUCUGUCCUUUGUUUCCAGACUAGACUCUAACUUGUAUCAUCUGGAAAUGAGCUCUCCUGUUGACAUUCCUUGUUAGGAAAGUAUUGUUUCCUGAGAAACAAAACCUUCUUGAGUCAAACUGGGGUAAGCUAAGUGAAAUAAUUAAAAA